AUGGCUGAGGAGCUGGGGCUGGGCUUCGAGGAAGCAGUCAGAGUGGAAAUGCCAGAGGGCAGAGCCAGGCCAGCCGCCAGGAGCAAAUCAUGCUUGGCUCUCAUCUGCUGCCUGCUGUCAUUUUUCACCAUUGCAGGACUUAGCACUUUCCUGAUGCUCAGCCAGCCCGGGGCCCCGGGAAGAGACUGUAUGCAGAUCCAAGCUAUACAAAACCAAAAUUGUGAGCCUUCACCACAGCCAGUUUACACACCUUCCAGAGCCAAGCCAAGGGCGCACCUGACAAUUCUUAAGCAAACUCCAGGGCCACAUCUGCAAAAUCAGUUUCCUGCUCUGCACUGGGAACAUGAACUAGGCUUGGCCUUCACCAAGAACAGGAUGAACUAUACCAACAAAUUUCUGGUGAUCCCCGAGUCCGGAGACUAUUUCAUUUACUCCCAGAUCACAUUCCGAGGGAUCACAUCUAGGUGUAGCAACAUCGGCCAAGGAAGACGACCUAACAGGCCAGACUUCAUCAUCGUGGUUAUCACCAAGGUAACAGACAGCUACCCCGAGCCCUCCCACCUCCUCACAGGAACCAAGUCUGUGUGUGAAAUAAGCAGCAACUGGUUUCAGCCCCUCUACCUUGGGGCUAUGUUCUCCUUGGAAGAGGGGGACAGGCUGAUGGUUAAUGUCAGUGAUAUCUCCUUGGUGGAUUACACAAAAGAAGAUAAAACUUUCUUUGGCGCCUUCUUGCUAUAA